CUUCUAUCCAGAGCUUCUCCUUUAAAUCCAGAGACAGCUAUGGCUGAGGUACCUGGCGGGGGGACACACAUCAAACCAGCAGAUAUCACAGUGAAAGCAAUCAGUAAAGAGUUGCCUCCCGAUGUUGAGAAACAAGUAGGCAAAAGUUUUGAAGAAUUCACAAGUCAGAAGGAGAAUGGAAUCUACUACUGGAUCAAGGUUCAUGUUGGAAGUGAAGAUAGUCUGCACCUGAAAGCUGACCAGAAAUAUGAUUAUUUUGGUCAAGGAACAAAGAUCACCAUUGUGGAUUAGAAAAAGUAGUACCAAAGUAAUUUUGUCUUGCAUAAUUGAUGGAUUUUGCUGUUUGCUCCAUCUACCUUUUUCUCAAUAAAGCCAUGAUGUAGAAA